CGCGCCGCCGCGCCGCGCGCGCCGUUCAUCACCACGACCUCUCACUCUACUCCGUCCUCCUCACCCUCGCCCCAACGAUGUCCGACGCGCUCGAGCGCGCCAUCCUCGAGGGCGCAUCGGUGUCUGACGCACUAGCGGCACGCGAGCGUCGCGAGGCCGCCACGCCGCCGCGCACGCCAUCGCCGAGCACCUCUGAUGAGCUCGGCUCUGAUCUCUCGGACCACGCGCACGAAGACGACGACGCGGCAUUCGUGCCGGAGGACCGGCCCGGCGCCAACACGGGCCCCAAAGGCGUGCGUGCUGAUGCUCGCGCUGCUGCGGCGGCGACUCGUGCGCAGCGCGCAGAGCAGGUGCAGAGCACCAACGAGAGGAUGCAGCGCAUGGCCCUCACCAGCGACACGACGUGGGAGGAGGAUGUGCACGCGAGGAGUGAGGCGGCCGAGCUGGAGCAGCUGCGUGCACAGCGGCUGAAGGAGCUUCAGGCGGCACAGGCAGCGGCCGACGAGCGCAGAAGGCAACGGCUCGCCGGCGAGGGCGACGAAGAGAGAGCGCCGGGACCGCGAGGCAUCUACUCUGGCCAGGCGACGCGGAGGACAGGCGUGUUCGGACAUCUGAGAGAGGUGGAUGAGCAGGGCUACGUCGAUGCAAUCGACCGCGAGGCCAGCGGCACGAGUGUCGUUGUGCAUCUCUACGAGAAGGUGGUGCCCGCCUGCGUCAAGUUGACGCACGCCUUGGCGUCGCUGGCUCGUCUGUACCCGGCCACCAAGUUCCUGCAAGCGCGCGCCUCAGCCAUCGGCUUCGGCUCUGGCUCUGCAUCUCACGUCGCCGCGUACGACGAUGACGAAGACGUCGCUGCGCGCGAGGCGAGAGAGGACAGCGCGGCGGAGCUCGUGCCCACGCUUCUCAUCUAUCGCGCCGGGCAACUCGUGGCCAAUCUGGUGCGCGUGGAUCUGGAAGAUGGCUGGGGAGCGGGAGAGGAGAGAGAUGUGCGCGACUUGCUGGCAAAGUACGAUGCCAUCGAGAGCAAGCCGAGCAUGACAAGAGAGGCGCAAGAGGAGGAGGGAGACGACGACUGAUCCGAAAACGCACUGCUGGGCGCAAACGCCAGCUGCAAGGACGCACUCAGCUCGGCGAGCGACUGCAACUGGCGGCGUGUUGGCACUCCUCGCCGGCCCAUCUCCACGUCGCGUCUUCCUCGCGACCGUGAACAGCAAGGAGACGUUACCGCGCUGUCAAGCUCCUCACGUCGGCGUCUCGACAGGUCUGACGAGUCAAAGCCUCACGACCCCUCGUUGUUUUUCCUCGACGUCACGAGCGAAUGAUGUGCCGCGGCUGGGCCGCGGCCGUCGAGUGAUCCGCCAUGAUCUUGAACGACACUUCCUCACCUCUCGAUGGUCACCUGCGUCACGCUCUUCUAAUUCCACCAUCCUUCUCGGCGACAGCUUCAGCGUGACGUGCUCCGUCAUUCCUGCGCAGGCAGAAGUAGAGGCCAAGGAGCUGCGACCUGCCGCUUGCUGCCUAGCGUCGAGCGCCGAGUGCCGAGCGCUGCCGAGACGGGAC